GAACCGGAAGUACUAUUUGAAGAGUGUGUAUGAAUGACAAAGUGUAUUUCCGGUGUAACGUGUGUGUUGAUCAGCCUUUUUCUUUUGGCUUUCAGUAGAACAGUCACUCACUUAAGAGUCCCCGUUCCCUUGCCUGAUUUUCCUUCUAAGGUGUAACAUCUGAAACCAGCGGACAUGGCAUCUGUUUCGGCUCCAGCUCAAGCAGCUCAGGUUUCCUCAGCUCCUUUGCAAAGGGGAAUAGUAAAAAUGGUCCUGUCAGGUUGUGCCAUCAUUGUUCGGGGUCAGCCUCGAGGCGGCCCGCCCCCAGAACGCCAGAUCAACCUCAGCAACAUUCGAGCCGGAGCGCUAGCACGGCGAGCAGCACAGGGCCAACCCGACAUCAAGGACACCCCUGAUGAGCCAUGGGCCUUCCAAGCCCGAGAGUUCCUGAGAAAAAAGCUCAUCGGGAAAGAAGUGUGCUUCAACGUGGAAAUCAAGACCGCCAUCGGCCGCGAGUACGGCAUGGUUUACCUGGGAAAAGACACAACAGGCGAGAACAUUGCAGAGUCCUUGGUGAACGAAGGUCUCGCCACAGUCCGAAGGGAAGGAAUCAGAGGGAACAAUCCUGAACAGGCCCGACUCUGUGAGCUGGAGGACCAGGCCAAGGCUUCCAAGAAAGGCUUGUGGAGCGAGGGAGGAGGCACACAGACCAUCCGGGACCUCAAGUACACCAUCGAGAAUCCCCGCAAUUUUGUCGACUCUUUGCAUCAGAAACCCAUCAAUGCCAUCAUAGAGCACGUUCGUGACGGCAGCGUUGUCCGUGCCUUGCUGCUUCCUGACUACUAUCUGGUCACCGUCAUGCUGUCUGGUGUCAAGUGUCCGACGUUCAAGAGGGAAGCAGAUGGGACGGAAACACCCGAGCCGUUUGCAGCAGAAGCCAAAUUCUUCACUGAAUCGCGACUCCUGCAGCGGGACGUGCAGAUCAUUCUGGAGAGCUGCCCCAACCAGAUCAUCCUGGGCACCAUCCUCCACCCGAAUGGAAACAUCACAGAGCUCCUGCUGAAGGAAGGCUUUGCCCGCUGUGUGGACUGGUCCAUGGCUGUUUACACCCAGGGAGCUGAGAAACUCAGAGCUGCUGAGCGAUCUGCUAAAGAGCGCAAGAUUCGCAUCUGGAAGGACUACGUGGCUCCCACGGCCAACCUGGACCAGAAAGACCGGCAGUUUGUAGCCAAGGUGAUGCAAGUGGUCAACGCUGACGCCAUGCUCGUCAAACUCAACUCCGGAGAACACAAAACCAUCCACCUGUCCAGCAUUCGACCCCCCAGGAAUGAAGGAGAGGAGAAAAACAAGGACAAAGACAAGCGAUUCCGUCCUCUCUAUGACAUCCCCUACAUGUUUGAGGCCCGUGAAUUCCUCCGGAAGAAGCUCAUCGGUAAAAAGGUUAAUGUGACGGUCGACUACAUCAGAGCAGCUACAGGUCCAGGAGAAAGCACGCCCGCCUUCCCAGAACGCACCUGUGCCACAGUCACAAUCGGUGGCAUAAACAUAGCAGAAGCCCUGGUCAGCAAAGGCCUCGCCACAGUCAUCAGAUACAGACAGGAUGACGACCAGCGCUCCUCCCACUACGAUGAGCUGCUCGCCGCAGAGGCUCGGGCCAUCAAGAACGGGAAAGGGUUGCACAGCAAGAAGGAGGUACCCAUCCACAGAGUGGCUGACAUCUCUGGGGAAACGCAAAAAGCCAAGCAGUUCCUGCCCUUCCUGCAGAGGGCAGGCCGCUCGGAAGCAGUGGUGGAACACGUCUUCAGCGGCUCCCGUCUAAAGUUGUACAUGCCCAAAGAAACCUGCCUCAUCACAUUCCUCCUGGCUGGCAUCGAGUGUCCGCGUAGUGCCCGGAAUAUCCCCGGGGGGAUGCAGGUGGCCGAACCCUUCAGCGACGAAGCCACGCGGUUUACCAAAGAGCUGGUGCUGCAGAGAGAGGUGGAGGUUGAAGUGGAGAGCAUGGACAAAGCCGGGAACUUCAUUGGCUGGCUGCACAUCGAGGGCUUAAAUCUGUCUGUGGCGCUGGUGGAAAAUGCUCUGUCCAAGGUCCACUUCACAGCAGAGCGCAGCCCCUACUACAAAACUCUGGUCUCUGCAGAAGAACAAUGCCGGAAGAGGAAAGAAAAGAUCUGGGCGAACUACGAGGAAAAACCCGUGGAGGAAGUCGUGCAUCUCUCAGAGGAGAAGGAACGCGUGCCCAACUACAGACCAGUGUUUGUCACUGAAAUCUCAGACAACCUUCACUUUUACGCCCAGGAUGUAGAAACAGGAGCCCAGCUGGAGACCCUGAUGGAGACCAUGAGAGCAGAGAUCGCCGCUCAUCCACCUGUGGAAGGAUCUUAUGCUCCACGCAGAGGAGACUACUGCUUAGCCAAGUUUGCAGAUGGAGAAUGGUACAGAGCCAGAGUGGAAAAAGUUGAGUCACCAGCGAAGGUUCACGUCUUCUACAUCGAUUAUGGCAACAGAGAAGUCGUGCCAUCCACCCGUCUGGCCGCCAUGCCUCCUGCCUUCAGCACCAGGACCCUGCCAGCCCAGGCCACCGAGUAUACCUUCGCCUUCAUCCAGGUCCCACAGGACGAGGACGCUCGUGCAGAUGUGGUGGACUGCAUCGUGCGGGACAUCCAGAACAGCCAGUGCCUGAUGAACGUGGAGUAUUCGGGCGCCAGCUGCCCGCACGUCACAAUACAGUUUGGGGACACCAAGGAUGACGUGGGCCUGGGCUUGGUCAAGGAGGGCCUGGUCAUGGUGGACGUCCGCAAGGAGAAACACCUGCAGAAGAUGGUGACGGAGUACCUGAACAGUCAAGAAUCUGCCAAGAGUGCCAGGCUCAACAUUUGGCGCUACGGAGACUUCCGCGCCGACGACGCAGACGAGUUCGGCUACAGACGCUAAAGAGAAAACCACACCCACCAUCCAGUCAGAACACCAUUCCAAAGAUGGACGGCAACGACGUGUCGAGGAGAAGAUGAACGACAAGCAUUGACUCACGCCUCCUUUCCCCGUUUCAUCCCUCCGGUCGCGUUUAUUUCCCCCCUCGCUAGAGCAUGCACGACAACAAUUAUGAACUCUUUCCAUUCGUCCUUUACCUGCUAAUCACUACAGCCCGUCUUCUUCCGUUCUCUGUUUCCUGAAAGGGACCGGAUGUCCAAAAAAACAACGAAAAAACAAAUGCUUCCCUUAUGAGUUCCUUGUAAAUGUGAGGAUAUGUUGAAAGCUGUAAAAUUGUUUUAUUUUAGAGGAAAACAAAGUAAGAGGUGAGCUUAAUUUGUCUCUGUUGUAUAUCUGUGUACAAAAAAACAAACAUUUGCAGGUGUUUUCUCUCUUUUUUUUGUGGGGAGUGUUUUGUCGUUUAUUCGCUGUCACACUUUUAUGACCAGUAACUAUGGAUGGAUGCCUUCAUGUGGCAUUUUCUCAUCUUUUUCUUCUGUAAAGUUUACAUUCUAAUAAUGAGCGUAAUGACGCCGUCUCCGGCAGCCUCUUCUCUUCAUGUCUCUGUAUGCCAUAGCAGAUGCAGUGUUUGAAUAUGUUUCCACGUAUAAUGGACCUUUGCAUUCUAUUAAAAAUCAGCUAAAUCAAUAAAAAAAACAAGCAAACUUAAA